CUCACAUCAAGAAUAACUUCGACGAAGGGACCGCACAAGCAUACUAGAGAAGUGCAGUGAAAAGAUAGGGUACUCGUCAUGUCGGAAGAAGAAUUGAAAAAUUCCCACAAAAAGGCUUUAAAGUCUUUGGAGGGUGAAAAAAGAGCGGCCGUUAAAAAAGCCAAAGGAAUGAAAGGAAAGAAGGGAAAAGAAGCUUUGGCAGCAGUUGAGGCCGAUUUUGCUACCAAACUGAAGGCGCUCGAGGCAUCUUAUCAAGAGAGUUUGGCAUCAUUAUCAUUGGAAUCCCUUAACAUAUCUGCGGAUAAUAACCCUGGCAAUGCACAAGAAGUGUCUGCAUCAGAUGACAAAAACGACGAUUACGACGACGAGGCGGCAGCACGGGAACGAAAAAGAGCGAAGGCCAAAAAGAAGAGAGAUCGUCAAAAGGAAAAGGAAGCUGAACUUGAGAAGCAAAUCGAAGAAGAAAACGCCAAUGCUGGCCCAGGUCUCAGAAAAAUUGAACUAGAGCAGAUCCAAGCUGUUUUGACGCCCCUGAAACUAAAAGUUAGUGAAGUGGACGCCGACGGGCACUGCUUGUAUCGGGCCGUAGCAGCUCAGUCGGAUAGAAAUCACAUGGCAAUUCGUAAGUCUCGGGGCUUUCAGGCUAUGGGACCUUUAUCUUUUAUCUUUGCGGGAUGAGUUCAGAUCUUUGUUUAAUCGCUUUUUGCCUUCUCAUUUACGAUCACCGAAAUUUUAUCGCUUGUUGUUCGAUGGUUGUUGCAAUAAACAAUAUAGGAUCACUAUGUGCAGAUACACUGGCAAAACAUCAAGAAGAAUUUGCUCCGUUUUGUGAAUACACAAAUGAAAUUUCCACGUUUGAUGAGUACGUGGAAAAGGUUCGAAAUAGUGCAGAAUGGGGAGGACAUUUGGAGUUACGGGCCUUGGGAAUUGCGUUGGGUCGCCCAAUCUAUGUGUAUUCUGUUCAAUCUGGAGCAAAACCACUUGCCAUUCACGAGGAUACCGACAACGAAACAAAAAUGCGAGAACCUAUCUUAUUGUCUUAUCAUUUGCAUUACUAUGCUUUAGGUGAACAUUACAACCAAGUUGUCAAAGAUUAGGGCUUGUAAUUUGCAUAAAAAAUCAAAAUUGUU